GCUUGAUGACGUUGUGGAGACUCACCGGAAGUUGUCUCCAAGGAGCAGCGGAGGGUACCUGCUUGAUGACGUAUGCAAGCCGCGCCGGAAGUGACUGUUGGCUCGCGGCCUUGUACCGUUUGAUGACGUUGUGAGCCGCACCGGAGCAGGGUUUCUGGGAAGAUGGCGAACCGGACGGUGAAAGACGCGCACAGCGUUCACGGUACCAACCCGCAGUAUUUGGUGGAGAAAAUCAUCCGCACUCGGAUCUAUGAGUCCAAAUACUGGAAAGAGGAAUGCUUCGGGCUCACUGGUGAGAGACAGCCGGGCCUGCCAUCAUCUCCCAUCAUUAUACCAUCAUAUACCGCCAUUAAUAUUAAUAUUAUACCGCCUGACAUCAUAUACCGCCAUUAAUAUUAAUAUUAUACCGCCUGACAUCAUAUACCGCCAUUAAUAUUAAUAUUAUACCGCCUGACAUCAUAUACCGCCAUUAAUAUUAAUAUUAUACCGCCUGACAUCAUAUACCGCCAUUAAUAUUAAUAUUAUACCGCCUGACAUCAUAUACCAAAAUUAAUAUUAUACCGCCUGACCUCAUAUACCGCCAUUAAUAUUAAUAUUAUACCGCCUGACAUCAUCUCCCAUCAUAUACCAUCAUUAUACCAUCAUUAAUAUUAAUAUUAUACAGCCUGACAUUAUACCGUGUUACUAUACUAUCAUUAAUAUUAUACCGCCUGACAUCAUAUACCGCCAUUAAUAUUAAUAUUAUACCGCCUGACCUCAUAUACCGCCAUUAAUAUUAAUAUUAUACCGCCUGACAUCAUAUACCAAAAUUAAUAUUAUACCGCCUGACAUCAUAUACCGCCAUUAAUAUUAAUAUUAUACCGCCUGACAUCAUAUACCAUCAUUAAUAUUAUACCGCCUGACAUCAUAUACCGCCAUUAAUAUUAAUAUUAUACCGCCUGACAUCAUAUACCAUCAUUAAUAUUAUACCGCCUGGCAUCAUAUACCAUCAUUAAUAUUAAUAUUAUACCGCCUGACAUCAUAUACCAUCAUUAAUAUUAUACCGCCUGGCAUCAUAUACCAUCAUUAAUAUUAAUAUUAUACCGCCUGACAUCAUAUACCAUCAUUAAUAUUAUACCGACUGACAUCAUAUACCAUCAUUAAUAUUAUACGCCUGACAUCAUAUACCAUCGGUAAUAUUAUGCAUACGACAUCAUAUACCAUCAUUAAUAUUAUGCCUGGCAUCAUAUACCAUCGUGUAUUAUACAUACGACGCAAUAUACCAUCAUUAAUAAUAAUAUUAUAUAGCCUGACAUCAUAUACCAUCGGUAAUAUUAUACCUGGCAUCAUAUACCAUCAUUAAUAAUAUUAUACAUCUGACAUCAUAUACCAUCAUUAAUAUUAUACCGCCUGGCAUCAUAUACCAUCAUUAAUAUUAAUAUUAUACCGCCUGACAUCAUAUACCAUCAUUAAUAUUAAUAUUAUACCGCCUGACAUCAUAUACCAUCAUUAAUAUUAAUAUUAUACCGCCUGACAUCAUCUCCCAUCAUAUACCGCCAUUAAUAUUAAUAUUAUACCGCGUUACUAUACUAUCAUUAAUAUUAAUAUUAUACCGCGUUACUAUACUAUCAUUAAUAUUAAUAUUAUACCGCCUGACAUCAUAUACCAUCAUUAAUAUUAAUAUUAUACCGCCUGACAUCAUAUACCAUCAUUAAUAUUAAUAUUAUACCGUGUUACUAUACUAUCAUUAAUAUUAUACCGUGUUACUAUACUAUCAUUAAUAUUAUACAGCCUGACAUUAUACCGUGUUACUAUACUAUCAUUAAUAUUAUACAGCCUGACAUUAUACCGUGUUACUAUACUAUCAUUAAUAUUAUACAGCCUGACAUUAUACCGUGUUACUAUAAUAUCAUUAAUAUUAUACAGCCUGACAUUAUACCGUGUUACUAUACUAUCAUUAAUAUUAUACAGCCUGACAUUAUACCGCGUUACUAUACUAUCAUUAAUAUUAUACAGCCUGACAUUAUACCGCGUUACUAUACUAUCAUUAAUAUUAUACAGCCUGUCAUUAUACCGUGUUACUAUACUAUCAUUAAUAUUAUACAGCCUGACAUUAUACCGUGUUACUAUACUAUCAUUAAUAUUAUACAGCCUGACAUUAUACCGUGUUACUAUACUAUCAUUAAUAUUAUACAGCCUGACAUUAUACCGUGUUACUAUACUAUCAUUAAUAUUAUACAGCCUGACAUUAUACCGUGUUACUAUACUAUCAUUAAUAUUAUACAGCCUGACAUUAUACCGCGUUACUAUACUAUCAUUAAUAUUAUACAGCCUGACAUUAUACCGCGUUACUAUACUAUCAUUAAUAUUAUACAGCCUGACAUUAUACCGUGUUACUAUACUAUCAUUAAUAUUAUACAGCCUGACAUUAUACCGCGUUACUAUACUAUCAUUAAUAUUAUACAGCCUGACAUUAUACCGUGUUACUAUACUAUCAUUAAUAUUAUACAGCCUGACAUUAUACCGUGUUACUAUACUAUCAUUAAUAUUAUACAGCCUGACAUUAUACCGCGUUACUAUACUAUCAUUAAUAUUAUACAGCCUGACAUUAUACCGCGUUACUAUACUAUCAUUAAUAUUAAUAUUAUACAGCCUGACAUUAUACCGCGUUACUAUACUAUCAUUAAUAUUAAUAUUAUACAGCCUGACAUUAUACCGCGUUACUAUACUAUCAUUAAUAUUAUACAGCCUGACAUUAUACCGAGUUACUAUCAUUAUCAUUAAUAUUAAUAUUAUACCGCGUUACUAUACCAUUAUUAAUAUUAUACCGUGUUACUAUAAUAUCAUUAAUAUUAUACCGUGUUACUAUACUAUCAUUAAUAUUAUACAGCCUGACAUUAUACUGCGUUACUAUACUAUCUUUAAUAUUAUACAGCCUGACAUUAUACCGCGUUACUAUACUAUCAUUAAUAUUAAUAUUAUACAGCCUGACAUUAUACCGUGUUACUAUACUAUCAUUAUUAUUAUACAGCCUGACAUUAUACUGUUACUAUACUAUCAUUAUUAUUAUACAGCCUGACAUUAUACCGUGUUACUAUAAUAUCAUUAAUAUUAUACCGUGUUACUAUACCAUCAUUAAUAUUAUUAUACCGCGUUACUAUACUAUCAUUAAUAUUAAUAUUAUACCGUGUUACUAUAAUAUCAUUAAUAUUAUACAGCCUGACUAUACUAUCAUUAAUAUUAUACAGCCUGACAUUAUACCGCGUUACUAUACUAUCAUUAAUAUUAUACAGCCUGACAUUAUACCGUGUUACUAUAAUAUCAUUAAUAUUAUACCGUGUUACUAUACCAUCAUUAAUAUUAUUAUACCGCGUUACUAUACUAUCAUUAAUAUUAAUAUUAUACCGUGUUACUAUACUAUCAUUAAUAUUAUACAGCCUGACAUUAUACCGCGUUACUAUACUAUCAUUAAUAUUAUACAGCCUGACAUUAUACCGCGUUACUAUACUAUCAUUAAUAUUAUACAGCCUGACAUUAUACCGUGUUACUAUACCAUUAUUAAUAUUAUACCGUGUUACUAUAAUAUCAUUAAUAUUAUACCGUGUUACUAUACUAUCAUUAAUAUUAUACAGCCUGACAUUAUACCGCGUUACUAUACUAUCAUUAAUAUUAUACAGCCUGACAUUAUACCGUGUUACUAUACCAUUAUUAAUAUUAUACCGUGUUAAUAUAAUAUCAUUAAUAUUAUACCGUGUUACUAUACUAUCAUUAAUAUUAUACAGCCUGACAUUAUACCGUGUUACUAUACUAUCAUUAAUAUUAUACAGCCUGACAUUAUACCGCGUUACUAUACUAUCAUUAAUAUUAUACAGCCUGACAUUAUACCGCGUUACUAUACUAUCAUUAAUAUUAUACCGUGUUACUAUACUAUCAUUAAUAUUAUACAGCCUGACAUUAUACCGUGUUACUAUACUAUCAUUAAUAUUAUACAGCCUGACAUUAUACCGUGUUACUAUACUAUCAUUAAUAUUAUACGUGUUACUAUACUAUCAUUAAUAUUAUACGUGUUACUAUACUAUCAUUAAUAUUAAUAUUAUGACCUGACAUACGUGUUACUAUACUAUCAUUAAUAUUAUUAUGCAGCCUGACAUUAUACGUGUUACUAUACUAUCAUUGUAUUAUACAGCUGACAUUAUACCGUGUUACUAUAGUAUCAUUAAUAUUAUAGCCUGACAUUAUGCAGCGUUACUAUACUAUCACAUUAAUAUUAUACAGCCUGACAUACACGUGUUACUAUACUAUCAUUAAUAUUAUACCGCCUGACAUUAUACCGCGUUACUAUACUAUCAUUAAUAUUAUACCGCCUGACAUUAUACCGUGUUACUAUACUAUCAUUAAUAUUAUACCGCCUGACAUUAUACCGUGUUACUAUACUAUCAUUAAUAUUAUACCGCCUGACAUUAUACCGUGUUACUAUACUAUCAUUAAUAUUAUACAGCCUGACAUUAUACCGUGUUACUAUACUAUCAUUAAUAUUAUACAGUCUGACAUUAUACCGUGUUACUAUACUAUCAUUAAUAUUAUACAGCCUGACAUUAUACCGUGUUACUAUACUAUCAUUAAUAUUAUACAGCCUGACAUUAUACCGUGUUACUAUACUAUCAUUAAUAUUAAUAUUAUACAGCCUGACAUUAUACCGUGUUACUAUACUAUCAUUAAUAUUAUACAGCCUGACAUUAUACCGCGUUAUUAUACAGCCUGACAUUAUACCGUGUUACUAUACUAUCAUUAAUAUUAUACAGGCUGACAUUAUACCGCGUUACUAUACUAUCAUUAAUAUUAUACAGCCUGACAUUAUACCGUGUUACUAUACUAUCAUUAUAUCAUUAUGCUCCCCUAUCACAUUGCUGGCUACCCAUGGCAGCAUCGCAUUACGCUCCCCUAUCGCAUUACGCUCCCCUAUCGCAUUACGCUCCCCUAUCGCAUUACGCUCCCCUAUCGCAUUACGCUCCCCUAUCGCAUUACGCUCCCCUAUCGCAUUACGCUCCCCUAUCGCAUUGGCUCCACAUGGCAGCAUCACAUUAUACUCCCCUGUCACACUGCUGGCUCCACAUGGCAGCAUCACAUUAUACUCCCCUGUCACACUGCUGGCUCCACAUGGCAGCAUCACAUUAUACUCCCCUGUCACACUGCUGGCUCCACAUGGCAGCAUCACAUUAUACUCCCCUGUCACACUGCUGGCUCCACAUGGCAGCAUCACAUUAUACUCCCCUGUCACACUGCUGGCUCCACAUGGCAGAAUCACAUUAUACUCCCCUGUCACACUGCUGGCUCCACAUGGCAGAAUCACAUUAUACUCCCCUAUAACAUUGCUAGCUCUCCUGGCUACCCAUGACAGCAUCACGCAGAACCUAACCAAUUAGGACUAGAAUUAUUGCUCUAGACACCAUAGCCACUUCAAGGAUAUGUAGUUGUUAUGGUGACUGUAAUAUGUGGGUGCUGAAUCCCACAUUAUUUCUAAAUGAUUUACUCACCGUUUACCAAAGCCUGAAAAGGUGGAGAAACACUGGUUAAUCUGCUAAAAAGGAGAUGAUAUAUAUUACACUAUAUAAAUAUUAUAUUAUAUAGUCAUGCUUUAUUAAUGUUGCCUAUAUCAGGGCUUACAAUUUGAAGUCCUAUGCUACUAGCUAAACUUUCAGAGUUACUGGCCACUACAAGCCAUAGCAUGCCCACCAGGGGUGAAUUUCUACUAACCACUACUACAUUUUAAUUGGCCAGUGGCUAAUGAUCAACCGUGGCCCCAAUGCUUAACCCUAUUAUUCAUCUUGUCACUUAAAAAUAUCUAGGAGCAUAAGAUGUACUAAGGAAAACCUAAGUGGAAUAGUAUGCUCUUUCAGGAUUAUUCAGUCAACUAGGGAGAUUUAACCAGGUGAUUACAAUUUAGGUAUCAUUUUAAGGAACAUUCUCUGUGAUAAUAAAGAUGAGAUACAUAUUUUAGCUAAAAAUUUUGAUCUAGCCUGUGAAGUAAGCUAAGUGCCUGGUAACAGAUGUCUUUCGGUAGCGUCUAUCAUACCUGAAGGGAGCCAUAGAGACCUAUAUUGAAGGCUUGACAAUUGACAUAGCCCAAUAUUUCACUUGACACCAAGGACAGAAUGCCGCAGGUCUAGAGGAAACAAAACUUAAAUUAAAAAGUCAGAAUCAAUCAGCAAGGUCCAUUGUAUAGAAAUAGUACUUGUUCUGUUGGUAGUAAUAUGAUAUUAAGACAUUGAACUAAAAUUUGCUUCUUUUGUCAGCUGAGCUGGUGGUAGAUAAGGCAAUGGAGCUGAAAUUUGUCGGAGGGGUUUUUGGAGGAAACAUCAAGCCAACUCCUUUCCUGUGUCUGACCCUGAAGAUGCUCCAAAUCCAGCCAGAAAAAGACAUUAUUGUGGAGUUUAUAAAGAAUGAAGAUUUCAAGUGAGUCCUUGAUCCAGUUUCUAGCCGGAGCUCCAGAGUAAUAAGAAAUUUUGUAUGCCUCGGAAUAAAUAUUGCUGUAGAAUGUUUUCUGCUUUUUAAUGAUUUUCAAUUCAUUUUUUAUUUUUUAAACUUCUUACUAGGUAUGUACGUACAUUGGGAGCUCUGUACAUGCGCCUGACAGGCACUGCUAGUGACUGCUACAAAUAUUUAGAGCCAUUGUAUAACGACUAUCGUAAAGUCAAAACACAAAACCGGGAUGGAGGUAAAGUACAAGUCGAUGCUAGUAUCUGUGCAUGUAGCUCAAGUGUUUCAUUAAGAUUCAAAAAUCUGAUAUAGUAUGUAGAAUGAAAAGCAAAUAGUUUGCAAUCUGGAACUUAUAAUAAUGGACUUAUGUAGAUUUGUGUUAAAAUAUUUUUUUUAUAAUGCACAAAUAUUGUGUUCUUUGGCAGACUUCGAACUAAUGCAUGUCGAUGAAUUCAUUGAUGAGCUCCUGCACAGUGAACGAGUAUGUGAUAUUAUACUACCACGAUUACAGGUACGUUGUUUUUUGUAUAAUUUUUUUUCUUUGCAUUCAAAAACUUUUUUUUUUUUUUUUCUUUCUUAUAAAUACAAAAGCAAGUGAUUGAGGCGCUAUAUUUUUCAAAUUAAGCAUGCAAAGUAAUUUUAUCAGGUGCUCCUGCAUUGAUUUAAUCUCACUACUAGAAACAAACACAAAACAAUCUCACUACUAAAAACAAACACUAAAAAUAUAAACAGUAUGCUGUGCCUUUAAAAACAAUUAACUAAAUGAAUUAAAGGUAAAUGUGCUUUAAGUGUUAUCUAUUGUGCACAGUUGUGACAAAUGUUACACAAAUUGGUUUGCACUGCAAGUUAUAUUGCUUAUUCUUGGUUGAUGCACUUUAUUGCAAAUAGUGCACUUUGCAUUUGGAUAACACUUAAUUCAUUUGAUAUGCACUUAGUGUAAGAUUUUUUUUCACUUGAAAGAUUUGACUAAUUGACACUUCUGUUAUGUAUGCUGUCUUUUCAGCAUAUUGAGGAUGCAAAAUGUAGUAGUUCACAUUAAUCUGUUUUACAAUGCUUCUUGGUAUACCUCACAGGGCUACUCCAAUGCACCAUGUACAGGAAGCUAAAAAAUACUACAGAAAAAAAAUGUUACAUGUUUAGUGCUUCUGAUAUAUGGUUUAUUAUUAUGCUCUCUAGAAACGUUAUGUUCUGGAGGAGACUGAACAGCUUGAUCCGCGGGUGAGUGCAUUGGAGGAAGACAUGGAUGAUGUGGAGUCCAGUGAAGAUGAAGAAGAUGAUGAUGAUAAGGUGUGUGUGUGAAAAACAAAACUAGGAUUUUUAUAUUUUAUUUUUUGAUUAAAAAGUGGUAUAAGUUUCACAUGGUAUUACAGCCAUGCACGAUGGUACAAUAAACGGAUACUUUGAGCUUUAAAGGAAUGCUGUUGGGCCCCUAGCUAUUUUCCACCUGUGAAAUGCCAAUUACUUGACCAUUGCUCUGGUUCAUGCGCACAUGCGACUGAAGAUCAGUGUUUUGCUUGGUAACAUCAUUGCACAAAAACAGCAUGAACUUCAGUUGGGUAAGUAGGUGCUCACGUCCGACAGUCAAUCAAAUGUGCUGGUGGACAAGGGCUGAGAACCUUAGUUUUUCUUUUUAUGUACCUGUAAAAUAUACCCAAAAUGUACACAUAAGGUAAUUUAGUUUACCACUUUCACUGACCUUUAUUUUUUGCUCCGUAGGGGAGAGAACCUUCUCCAGAGCAUCACAGAAGAAGCUACAGAGACGUGGACCGGCCACGUAGAUCACCCUCUCCACGCUAUAGAAGAAGCCGCAGUCGCUCACCUAGGAGGUAAGAAAAACUGGCCAGCAGAAUGUGUGCAGGUUUACUAGUUCAGCUUCUCCACGCUAUGCAUCUGUAUGAAGAGGUGCUCACUGUGCGCAGUGUGACGAUUUAGAGACUGUCGUGCCAAGGGAAAUAAGAUAAGACCACUUUUAAUGUUCACGUGGUGUAAAGUGUAAAAUCUAAAUAGUGAGUGUUUCUUAAUGAAUGUAUUGUUUUUAUUUAUUUAUAUAUAUAUAUAUAUAUAUAUAUAUAUAUAUUAAUAUAGACAGUGAUUGUACACCUUACUGACGAGGCCCCAUGAAAGCCAAACCCAGAGCAGUCAAGAUUCAAAAUAUUGGUUCUCACUGCACUAGGUUCAGUAAUCACAGAUGAUAAUGUGUGGGCUGCAAGUGAAGUAAUGAUCUCUUCACAAUGACACAUAUGAGCAAAAACCUAUUUGAGACUUGAGGAUUAAACAAAUCGCAAGCUACUGAGUUUUUGGCCAUUCUCCAUAUUCUGAUCUUCUGUUUCAUUUCUUCAGUUACCCAGCUUAGUUGCACUUUUUUUAUUGACCCCGCAGACACAUCCACUGAACAUUCUCUUCAUUUAAAAACAUGUAAUAUGGGUCAUUCUUUUGUAGUUAUUUGGCACUGUUUUUUAAUCAGAAAAAGUAGUUUCCUGUAAACUGACACUAUAUAUCCUAGUAACGGAGUAUUUUAUAAAGUGCACUUUGUUUAAUUGUUGAUUUUAUAGUGUAUCGAGAGCUCUGUUAAUUCCAUGCUUUUGUUUAUAUUACAGGCGCAGUCGCUCCCCUAAAAGGAGGAGGUAGGUUUACAUAAUGGUUAGAAAUUCUAAUUACUCACUCAGGAUCCUCACACAGAUUUAAUUCCCCUUUACAACUGUUUUAAUUGAUCUUAUUGGGUUAGCACAAAAUGAAAUUAAAACAUGCAUUUCCCGUGAAUUCCCCAAACUCACAAUUUUUAAACCUCCCCUAAAUUUUCACUUGUUUUGGGAACUGAUUGAGACCUUUUACCCAAUGGCUGGUCAUUGAUUUCUAAAGACUUGGUGAAUGUGCUUAUCUACAUGAUGUCACUUGUGCAUGCUCAUGAUUUUGUUAUAGUCACCCAUUUAUAUUUAGUACAUGAUUGCAACUUCCAGAAUUACUGUGGUGAGUUUGUGGGGCAUAUUUCACUGAGUUCCAGAUCAGGUUUUCUUACUUCCUUUUGAGAGAAUUAACAGUUGCAGCAACAGUGAACUUAAAUGGAUUGCCGGAUCUCCUCCAUCAUGAGAUUAGAUUCAUCCUUUCCUAUGGAUCAAGAUGUUUCUAAAGACAAACUUAUAGUUAGCACACAAGGGAAGAGUGAAGAUCACCAUUGAUAUUAUUCCUCACCUCAGUCUCUGCAGUGCUGGUGAGGCACGAAAUGCACCAGUGGUUAUCUUCACUUCCUCACUCUGUGUGUCCUAACUAUGUUUACUUUAAAUUUAAUCUUGCCUAUGGAUCAAGGAAUUUCUUCCCUCAUUAUGGAGGAGAUCCAGAAGUACGUUUGUGUUUUUCUGUAGUUGCGGAACCUGCAUGCCUCACAUGAGAUGUAGAUUUGUUUGUUUUCUCCAGAGAAAGAUAUAUACAGGUGUGCUAGAUGCUACACUGCAACAUUGUAAGUAUGCCUGGUUAAAUCAUCUUGCCACAAGAUUUACUCUGCUUCUGAGGUAGCCACAUCUGAAAGGAACCUUAGAAAGCUUCUUGCACUCAGCAUUUUCAGUAUUGUUUCACUAAACUGAAUUUUAACUCUCUCAUCUGACAGCCCUUCUCCUCCUCGGCGCGAAAGACACCGAAGUAAAAGUCCACGGAGACACCGCAGUAGGUCCAGAGAGAGACGCCACCGAUCCAAAUCUAAAUCUCCAGGUACUUGAUAAUAUUGUGUUUCUCACAUUGCUUUUUGGUGGUAAUAUGUAACAGCUGCAUGCCUCGGCAAUACUAGAAAGUCAUGAUUUGUAUUUGUCACCUAACAGGACAUCAUCGAAGUCACAGACAUAGAAGCCAUUCCAAGUCACCUGAAAGGUAAGUUUAGUUUUGCAGUUAUUUGGUUUACUUUUUGUUUUGAAACUGUGGCUCUUUAACCCCUUAAGGACCAAACUUCUGGAAUAAAAGGGAAUCAUGACAUGUCACAUGUCCUUAAGGGAUUAAAAUAAAUGAAGAUUUUUUUUUUUUUGUAUUCCACAAUCUAGUUUUCAUGACUCAAAAUUUAAACUAAUAACCUACUCAAUCUCGGGUGCUCUAGAAACCAAUUAGUUUGAGGAAGAGUAAGCACAUGGGUUGGUCAUAUCCUCUGGAUAGUGUUCUUAUUUGCAGCACGUUAAUGAAGCAUUUCCUUGUAGCCAUUUCAUUCCUCUUACCGCUUCAUAUUAAAUUAAGCUAUACAGAGUAUGCAAAUGUUUAGAGUCUGUACUGAAUAUAUUUCAUUCCCUGUUUGUUUCAGGUCAAAGAAAAGUCAUAAGAAAAGUAGAAGAGGCAACGAGUAAAAGAAGAAAACGAAUAUUUUUAUGUUUAAUAGCUUAAUUUUUUUUGUAUAUAAUAAACUUGCAACCCAUGUCCAUGUUUUUUGUUCUGGUUUCUGCUGGAUUUUUAAUAAAAACAUAAACCACUGAUGGUGGUCAGUAUAUACUCAAAA